AUUUUAAUAAUGUAGGAGUUAACAGAACUUAAGAACUUAGUUAUAUAAUCUCUUGAAGCAAAUGGAUCUCUGGCUAAAAUUAGAGCUUAAAUAAGAGCUUCAGUCUUCAAUGUAGUUGAUUAGCAAGAGGGCAAUAAUAAAAAACCAUCACCUUUUUUUUGGGAAAAUAAUAAAGCUUAAACUAUUUACGAGUUAGGUUGUGGAAGAGACAUGUUAGAAUUAAUAAAAGAAUUUUUAUUAUUUUUUGAAAUGCACUAUACCAAUUCCAUUUUUUCAAGGUAUUGAUAACAUCAUUACUUUUAUAGUGAGAGUAAUUUAAGAGAAGAUAUAAAUCGUGAUUAAAUAGCUAAAAAAUUGAAUAUUGAUGCUACUGAUACUACUAAACCAUUAUUAUACUUUUUGUUAAAAAAUAGAUAACCUGAAAAAAAAUCGUAAUUUUAAAUUUUAAUUAUAUAGAGAAGAAAAAGGGUAAUAACAAAAAAUUGCACAACCUUCUCCCAAAGAUGUUCAAUAAUAAUAAUAAUAAUAAUAAUAAUAAUAAUAAUAAUAAUAAUAAUAAUAACAAUAAUAAAAAUUGCAAGAAUAAAAGCUUUAAGAGUAAAGAAGAUAAGAUGAAUUAAGAAAAUAAGAAGAAUUAAAAAAAUAAGAAGAAUAAAGAAGGCAAGAAGAAUAACGAAAAUAAGAUGAAUUAAGAAAACAAUAAUAAGAGGAGCAGAAAAAAAUUGAGGAAUAAAAAAAAGAAUAAUUAAGAAAACAGUAAGAGGAGCAAAGAAAAAUGGAUGAAUUAAAAAAAUAACAAGAAUAAUAAAAAUUAGAAUAAUAGAAAUAAGAAUAACAAAAAUUAGAACAAUAAAAAUAGGAAUAGUAAAGAAAAGAAUAAGAAAAAUUGAAAGAACAAUAAAAAUAGCAGGAAUUACUUAAAUAAUAAUAAGAAAGAGAAAAGCUUGAGGCUGAAUAGAGAAAAGCUCAAGCUAAAAAAUUUGAACAUAGAAAUUAUGAAGAUGAAAAGUUUGAUAAUGAAGACUUAGAAGAACAGUUAGAAGGAGAUGUAUAAAUAUUAUACUAUAAAAGGAUUUAAGAGAUUCUUAAUUGUAAUAAGAUUAGUUUUAAGAGUCAGAUGAAUAUAUGCAAUAGUCUUAAUCAUAAGGAAUUGAUAUGACUGUUGAUUCUGCGGCAUUAGAGGAGUUUGACUAUUAUGAAGAUAUAGAAGAAAUGGAUUGA